AUGGACUCAACAAACACACAAAACACACAAAACACACACGAUGCAUACGCUGGUCCGCAUUUCGACAUGAUCUGCGUCGGCGUAGGCGGAGGGCCAGAUGAGGGUAAUUUAUCGAGCUACAUAUUCAAAUCACAUCACCAGCCCUGGGACGAUGGCUGUGUAGCGAUAGAUGCCGGUUCGGGUGUGGGGGCCUUAUCGCGGGCGAUACGUUCGGAUAUCAGCAUCGUGGAUGAUUUGCGGGAGGCUCUACCGGGCGACGAGUACGAGGGGGCUAGCUCGAAGGCAGACUCGAAUGACACCGCCCACAAGAAAGUCACCGCAGACACCCGACACGAUACAGACAGCUACCGGCUCGCCUCACGGAUCUACACGAGUAUCACAGCCUAUCUGAUCACUCACCCACACCUCGACCACCUUGCCGGACUGGUGAUUAACAGCUCGAUCAAGUUUGGCGCGUGCAAGCGUCUCGUAGGCUUUGAGAAGACUUUGAAAGGGAUUGAGGUGGCUUUCGGUGGGCUGCUCUGGCCCGCGCUGGCUAGCUGGGCCAGUUGUGGUGGGCUCGUUGAACGGUUGCAGUAUAUGCAGAUAGAACCUUUUGCGCAAUUCGACGUGCCUGGGUAUGUGCAUGAUGCAGGUAGUGGGAGUGUGAGUGGCACACCUUCACAUACCGCCAAUCACACCUUUUCGUGCACUCCUUUCCCAAUCUCGCACGGCACUGUGGGUUUAGUGGCGGAUGCACGCACACGCGCUGCUGUGCAGGUAGAGAAAGACCCUAACGAGGUAUAUGAUAGUAUAGCUUAUUUCGUCGAGAAGCAUUCAGAUUCUGCGCACAAAUGGCAAAAGAGCUUCAGUUUCCUCUUCUGGGGAGAUGUAGAGCCGGAUGCGAUAAGCACACUCCCGCGCAAUAAACCCGUGUGGGCGGAGGCCGCAAGGCGAUUCGUGCUGGAUGAGUUGCGGUGGGUGUGGAUAGAAUGCAGCUACACCAACGCCCGGCCGAACCACCUUCUCUUUGGUCACCUCAAGCCUGAUUUGCUGGUCGAUGAGCUACAGACGCUUGCAAUUAUUGUGGAGAGGUUUAGGCGGAUGGGUGUAGAGCAGCUACGUAGUGUCAAUACGAGCGAGUUUAGCGUGGGUGGGGGGAGUGGGAGCGGGAGUGAUCAAGGUUAUGCUAAUGCUGAUGAAGAUAUCACAGCUGCUCAGCACAACCACACUCACUCACCCAUCGACAACGCCCUCGACACACCCUCACACCCCCUCUCGCAUCAAGCGAGCCAGGCAGUGAAUAAGGCGCUCUUCGGCGGGCUCAACCACGCAUCGAGAACCGGGUACAAUGAGGGAUUUGGAGUGCACAGACACACGACGAGCAGACCACUACAAGGGCUCACCAUUGCGAUAACUCACGUCAAAGAGGAUCCCAUGUUAGGGUGUGAUGUGGUGGGUGAGAGGAUACUAUCGGAGCUCGAGAGUAACCCAGCCACACAAAACCUCGGAGUGCGUUUUUACAGACCCAAACAGGGGGAGAGGGUGACGUUUUAG